GAGUUGUGAAGAUAAUAAAGAGAUCUUGAACAAGUGCAGUAACUUGCAACAAAGAAGUCAAAUAAGUAACUUGGUUCAACCAGCAAGCACAGUAAGUUUCAACGCCAGCCUUCAACUAAGCUGACCCAAUGGCGUGGUCAGCUGUCACUGGCCCUUGUGUGGCCCUUGUCCUGCUAUUCUUCGGUUCGACCUUCUGCACGCCCUCCGGCCCCGCCUCUGCCACCUGUGCCACACUGGAGCAAAGCCGCUUCUUUGGUGUCUUCACUUCUACGACGGACCUGUCCUCAACGCCAUGCUCCUGGACCCUGCAGAAUCCUGAUCCUCGCCGCUACACCGUCUACAUGAAAAUUACCAAGCCGACUGAUUCCUGCGCACCCCGCCAGAUCAAAACCUUCCAGUUCGACUCCUUCAUUGAGACGUCCCGCACCUACCUGGGCAUGGAUAGCUUUGAUGAGGUGGUCAGGCUGUGCGACCCUUCAACCACCGUGACGUACCUGGAAUCAACCAAGCAGUUCCUGCAGAUCCGCAAGGUGGCCCCAAGAAAUGCCCUGGCGAUUGUGGAGGGAGAGAACGAAGUCAGUGAGUUCAAGGCUGAGUUUCUGGUUGUGGGAAAGAGGAACCCAAGCAUGCAUGCCUGCAAGAUGCUGUGCCAGUGGCUGGAGAUGUGCCUGUCCAGUAGCACCCACGAUUAUCCCUGUGGAAUCAUGAAUACACCCUGCCAGUGCUGGGAGGUCCCAAAGAGGAAGCCAGGAAGCUGCUACAGGGGCGGUGUCUACGUCGAGAAAUGCACUCCUGUUGCCAAGGACAGUGAGCGUGAUGCUGAGAUUAUCAAGGGCUGGGCUGGCUGGGGCCGCUGGUCUGUCUGCUCUCAGGAGUGCGGUGGCGGAGUCCAGGUGCGCAGCCGAACCUGCCAGCCUGAUGAUGCAGUGUGUGAGGGAACAGUUGAAGAGGGGCGUUCCUGCAACCCUCAGCCGUGCAUUGGCAAAGAGCGCAACAAGAGCCAGGGCCUGCGCGCCAUUGUUGGAAUGAGGAGAGACAAUACAGAUGAUGCUAACCAUGGAGUUGUUGCCACCCAGACAGAUGCCAAGAUUAAUGAAUGGACCCCUUGGAGUACCUGUUCAGUCACCUGUGGGGAGGGCUGGCAGGGUCGCACCCGUGUCUGUGCAACAUCCUCCUUCAGCACCCAGUGCACCGGACCUCUGCGUGAAAACCGGCCAUGCAACAACACAGCUGUCUGCCCAGUUGAUGGUGCUUGGGAUGAGUGGACCCCCUGGAGCCUGUGCUCAUCCACCUGUGGUCGUGGCUACCGUGACCGUACCCGCGCAUGCAAGCAGCCCCAGAAUGGAGGACAGCCUUGCACUGGCCACACAAGACAAACAAAGCACUGCAACAUUGCUGUCUGCCCAGUGGACGGAUACUGGACUGAGUGGUCUACCUGGAGCGCCUGCUCGGCCUCUUGCUCAAACGGUACCAUGGAGAGGACCAGGGAUUGCAACGGACCGUCCUACGGAGGCUCUGAGUGUUACGGGAACCCGAGAGAGAUUACCAACUGCUUCCUGCAAGAAUGUCCCGUUGAUGGGCGCUGGCAGUCCUGGAGCACAUGGGGCAGCUGCAGCAAGACUUGCGGUGGAGGCAUCCAGCAGAGACAGAGAGUCUGUGAAGGGCCUUUCUUUGGAGGAGAGCCUUGCCCCGGCGAAACUGGAGAGCAGAGACGCUGCAACGAGAAAAGAUGCCCUGAACCCCAUGAGAUCUGCCCUGAGCAAAACACUGGAGAUGUUGUGUGGAAGAAAACCCCCGCUGGAGACAUGGCUGCCGUUGCCUGCCCUGCCGAUGCCUCAGGUCUUAUUCUGCGCCGGUGCACCCUUGACGCUGUAGGACUCGCCUCCUGGGAGAACCCAACUUACAUCAACUGUGUCUCCAAGAACUACGAAACCAUUCAGACUCUGUCAAAGGACUACAUCUCCAAAGCACAGCAGGGACAGAGCGUGGAUGGGGUCGCUGAGGUGAUUUCACGCCUGAGAUUCUCAUCUGAUGAAGGAGCCAAGUAUAGUGGUGACCUUCUGGCUGUCAUGGAAAUCCUGAGAAAUACCACUGAACUGUACAAGGGAACCAGGCUGCGGCUGAGCAACGCCGAUACCGAGAACUACGUCCAGACCAUCAGCAACUUGUUGAAGGAGGAACAUCGUGAGAAAUGGGAAGAGGCACAGCUGAUGGGCGCCACUGUUAAGGAGUUCCUGCGCCUUGUUGAGGACUCUGUGAACAUGAUCGGGAUGCAAAUGAGCGGAUUUCAGGACGUUUACGAAGUCACAGAGAAUUUAGUGCUGAGCAUCCACAAGCGUCCCACAAGCACAAGCUCCAACUUCACCUUCCCCGUGAAAGGCUGGAGGGGCAUGCUGGAGUGGGUGAGAGGCUCUGAGGAAAAGAUCUCAGUGUCCCGUGAUGCUCUGUCAAUCGAACAAUCAGAUGGCAACGAUGCUUUUGUGACCGGCAUCGUCCUCUACAGAAACCUUGCAUCCAUUCUGUCCUUCCAGAGCAACACAACACUGCUCAACUCCAAGGUGGUGUCCGUGAUCGUGAAGCCCACCCCUGCUCUCCUGUCGUCCCCCGUUGAGAUCGAGUUCCCUCACCUGCACAAUGGCACCAUGAAUGAGACAUGCCUCUCAUGGGACGAGAGUGAAUCUUCCUCUCUGCUCGGGUCUUGGUCUGCUCGGAGCUGCAGAGCGGUCCCCGUUCAUCCAUUCAGAACCAAAUGCGUGUGUGACAGCCUCUCCACCUUCGCCAUUUUAGCGCGCGUCAACUUCGACUCGAUCAUGGACAAGGCACUGCUCCCGUCCGUGACCCUCAUCGUAGGCUGUGGGGUCUCUUCUCUCACCCUGCUGCUCCUCAUCAUCAUCUACGUCUCCGUCUGGAAGUACAUCCGCUCAGAGCGCUCCGUUAUCCUCAUCAACUUCUGCCUCUCCAUUAUAUGCUCUAAUGCCCUCAUCCUCGUAGGACAGACCCAGGCUCGCAACAAGGUGGUCUGCACUCUCGUAGCUGCUUUCCUGCACUUCUUUUUCCUGUCCUCUUUCUGCUGGGUGCUGACAGAAGCUUGGCAGUCCUACAUGGCUGUCACUGGUCGUCUGCGCAACCGCAUCAUCCGCAAGCGCUUCCUGUGCUUAGGCUGGGGCCUUCCUGCAUUGGUGGUGGCAGUUUCUGUGGGUUUCACAAAAGCCAAAGGCUAUGGCACUGUCAACUACUGCUGGCUGUCUCUCGAGGGUGGACUCCUCUACUCCUUUGUCGGCCCUGCUGCAGCUGUUGUCUUGGUGAAUAUGGUCAUUGGUAUUCUAGUCUUCAACAAGCUGGUGUCCAAGGACGGCAUCACCGAUGUCAAGCUGAAGGAGAGAGCCGGGGCAUCACUGUGGAGCUCCUGCGUGGUUCUGCCCCUCCUGGCCCUCACCUGGAUGUCCGCUGUCCUGGCCAUCACAGACCGCCGCUCAGCCCUCUUUCAGAUCCUCUUCGCCGUCUUUGACUCCCUGGAAGGCUUCAUCAUCGUCAUGGUGCACUGCAUUCUGCGCAGAGAGGUUCAAGAGGCUGUAAAGUGCAGAGUAGUUGACCGCAAGGACGAUGGAAAUGGAGACUCUGGCAGUUCCCUUCACAAUGGCCACACCCAGCACAUGCCGUCUGACAGCGAAAAGGAUGGAGAUUCAAGCAGACAAGGAAUGAAGAGCUCCUCUGAAGAGAAAAUGCCUCCACCUCAGAUGCCUCUCCCCAUGGGCUCCAACUUCCACACGCUCCCGUCCAACCCCCACAAGAGUCACAUGCAGGCCGUCCCCGAGUACUCCAGCCACACCCUGACCCUGAAGAGAGAGAAGAGCCGCUUGGCGGGAGGAGUGGACCCGUCGUGCGGGAAGCCUGUGUACGUCUGCGAGGGAGAGCUCUUCAAGCAGCUGGAUGCCGAUCUCGCCCUGGUCCAGGCUGAGGGCAGCGUCUCGGACGGCAGCGGCUACGUCCUCAUGCCCAACACCACCUCCACUCUGAGGACCAAACCCAAAGAUGAUCCGACCAAGUACAACAUCAGCGUGGAGCAGAUGCCACAGGCCCGACUCAUGCACCUCGGCGGCCCCUUCGCCGAACCACAAGCCGCGUUCGGGAUGAAGUCGAUCCCCCCUGACCAGGUCAGCGUGUCGUAUUCUGAGAGGGACUCUCCCAUCCAGAACAUCCACAACAUGUCCAGCGAGUCCCACAUCACGCACAGCAGCCUGGAGAACACCUUCGAGUCCAUGAACUCCAUGAUGUCCAAGAGUGAGACCAUCUCCACCCUUUCCAUGAGCUCCUUGGAGAGACAGAAAUCCCGUUAUGCCGAGUUGGACUUUGAGAAAAUAAUGCACACCAAGAAGCGCCACCAGAACAUGUUCCAGGACCUGAACAGGAAGCUACAUCAUGCUGAGAAAGACAGAGAGUCUCCUGCCUCCGACAGCAAGUCUGUGAGAUGGAGUGUGUCUUCAGGAGGAAGUGACAAAACAAACCACAGCGACAAACAGCAGGGCACUCUGGAGAGGCCAUGGGAGGGAGUCCGGGGAAUACCGCAGUCACCCCCGGCAUGGGUGCGCAAAGACCUGGAGCCCCUCGGCGCCUCACCUCUGGAGCUGCACUCUGUGGAGUGGGAGAAGACCAGCACCACCAUCCCGAUGGUGGGGCAGGACAUCAUUGACCUGCAAACCGAGGUCUGAGGGAAAGACGGGCGGCUGGCAGAGCCACCUGAUUUCACCUCGCUCACCUUUUUGGUUUAAGAAUGGGAUCCUAUAUGGAUAAAAUAUAGGAAGCCAGGGAAGAGAGGGAAUGAGGAAGUAGGUCCCAGAAUCAAUGUCUUCAAACCCUCAGCCAGAGCAGGAAGGGGAGGAGUGGACGAGGGAUGGAGGAGUGGAAGCGAUGAUGUUGGGAUCUUUAAUGUAGCUUCUCUGUGUGGACUUACCAGCAUCUCUUGUCAGAGUGCUCGAAGGUGAAAGGGUUAGUGGAGCGAGCAGUGGCGUCCAUAGACCCGGACUGUCUGUGGUUCCAUUAACGCUUCACUGGGAGUUGCCUGAACCCUGCAGACUGGGUUUCAGAAGAUGUGGUCGACAUGUCUGUGCUUAUUUUUUUCCUUCAACUCAACUUUGGAGAAAAAGUUAAUAAUACUUAAACGGCGCGUCCUCCCUGCUUCUCGGGAGGAACAGCUGGGACUUUUGGCUGGCCUUCCAGCCAUAUUACCUUCCAAAACAAGACAAGGCAA